AUGAUGCAUGGCUGUAGUGGUGGAACACAAAACAAACUUUGGCCUUUGCCGAACCAAGAAGGCACCAUCAUGAUGCGGCCGCCACCUCGCCAUUCUACUACUACUAGCAAAUCGCCGAGCAACAGCAGCAAAUUGUCCCAAUACUUGGACUUUGGAUCACAGGAUGUAGAGGAGGCGCUUCCAGGUCUCCACACGCUCAGUGAGGUGACAGAAGAAGACGAAGAACGAACGUUCGAUGAAAGCUUGAGGCGACAACAAACUCACGACAACCUCUUGGAUGAAACUCUGGUGGAUCAAGGCAGUAUUCUUGGCGGCGUCUAUAGUAUAGAACAAUCAUCAAGUCCAGGAACUAUCAAUAGCCCCCCAAAGCAACUGGAAGGCGAAAGCCUCAUCGCCUUCAGUCGAUCCAAACAGCUAUUGGAUGAAACCCUCUUUGAGCAGCACGUCGAUCAUCAAGAUGACGGCAAUGAUGAAAGGGGUCAAAGUCUCGACAAAACAUUGGCAGAACUACAGCACAUGGAUGAAUCGUUGGCAGAGCCAAGUAGCUUUGAUCGCUCUUCAUCGGCACUAUUAUUGAAUGAGACACUGGCGGAGCAAAACCCCCAUCGAAACGAAUUUGUGGACAAGUUGGGGCCCAUGUACGAGUUCUACCGCAGUGACUUGCCCAGUCAGAUUCCAGAAAUUCUCUUUUUCAUCCGCCACGAUGGCAAGUGUGACAUGAUGCUAGCCGAUAUCCUCAAUGAACUGGCUCAUGCACUGUACGAAUGCCCCGAACCGACCUGCCAGGCAAUGGUCGCCUUGGGUGUCAUGUCUUGUAUUCGCAAGAGAAUUGAUGAUACCAACCUGGAACAACAAUUGCAGACGCUUCGGGUCAUGGAUGGCUAUUGUCGUGUCAUGAAUGCCGGAAAAGAUAUUCCACAUUUGGUAGAACAUGCUAUUGUCACUGGUCGACGCUUCCCUUCCAACAAUACCAUGGCACACUUGGCAAUCCGCAUUUUGAAGCAUGCAGUCCCAGUGGCAAGCUCGCAAGAGUGGUUUCCCACAUUGGUCAAGUCCAAAAUGAUUGACUAUGCCGCCAAAUUAUUGUUGGAACAACAACAUUGGAGUGGAAAAGACUUGCGGCUCCAGCAAUCUGCCGUUCAGCUGUUGGUGGAUGCCAGCAAGUUUCCUUUUGUCCGUCGUCAGGCCACAUUUGAGCGGGCUGGAGCCAUUGCUGCCUUGCAGACACAUGUUGGUAGAUUGGGAAAUACAAAGGGUGCUGCCUACAAAGAAUCUACAAAUGCCUUGGAGACUAUUCUUCUUUCGUUUGGGGAAUAA